AUGUCUUUGUAUUUUCCUGUGAACGAAUACGGGGUGCUUUGCAUUCAAGAAUACAGAAAAACCAGCAAAGUGGAGUCAAGUACACAUAACAGCUUCAUGGGCUUGAAGGAUCAUCUGGGGCAUGACCCAGGCCACCUUUAUGUGGAGAGCACUGACCCACAUUUAAGUACAUCUGUACCUUGGUCAAUGGUAGAAAAACCAACAAUGGAUAAAGUUAAUUCUGGCAAGGAAGAAAAAGAGGUGUCUGAAGAGAAUGCGAGCUCUGGUGACUCUGAAGAAAGCACAAAUUCUGAUAAUGAGUCAGAACAAUUGAGUAGCAUUUCAGUAGAGCCAUGCUUAUUAACCAAGACUCACAGACAGCUAUGUAGGUCUCCCUGUUUAGAGCCUCACAUACUCAAAUGCAGUGAAAUUUUGCAAGACUUUAAACCUGAAGAGUCCCAGCCAUCCAAGGAAAUGAAAAAACCCCCUGAUGUGGUGCGAGAAUACCAAACAAAACUGGAGUUUGCACUGAAGUUAGGUUAUUCUGAAGAACAGGUUCAACUUGUGCUAAACAAACUUGGUACUGAUGCUUUAAUUAAUGAUAUUCUGGGAGAACUUGUCAAACUUGGAAAUAAAAGUGAGGCUGAACAAACAGUGAGUACACUUAAUAUUAUAAUGCGGGAAACAUCUUCCCUGGAAUCUCAGAGGUCUGAAUCUCCAAUGCAAGAGAUUAUCGCAGAUGAUGGGGAGAAUCUGAGACCAAUAGUUAUCGAUGGCAGCAAUGUGGCAAUGAGCCAUGGAAACAAAGAAGUCUUUUCCUGCCGAGGAAUAAAAUUAGCAGUGGAUUGGUUUUUGGAAAGAGGCCACAAGGAUGUCACCGUCUUUGUUCCUGCUUGGAGGAAAGAGCAGUCCCGGCCUGAUGCGCUUAUUACAGAUCAAGAAAUCCUACGUAAAUUAGAGAAGGAAAAAAUCCUGGUGUUCACACCUUCGCGGCGAGUGCAGGGGAGGCGAGUGGUGUGCUAUGAUGACAGGUUCAUCGUGAAACUGGCCUUUGAGUCGGAUGGUAUAAUUGUGUCCAAUGAUAACUACAGGGAUUUGGCAAAUGAGAAACCAGAAUGGAAAAAAUUCAUAGAUGAGCGAUUAUUAAUGUACUCAUUUGUCAAUGACAAGUUCAUGCCUCCAGAUGACCCUCUUGGCAGACAUGGCCCAAGCCUGGAUAAUUUUCUAAGGAAGAAACCUAUUGUUCCUGAACACAAAAAGCAGCCUUGUCCGUAUGGAAAGAAGUGUACCUAUGGACACAAGUGCAAAUAUUAUCAUCCGGAAAGGGGCAGUCAGCCUCAGCGGUCAGUGGCUGAUGAGCUGCGUGCCAUGUCCAGAAACACAGCAGUCAAAACUGCGAAUGAAGGAGGACUGGUGAAAAGCAACAGCGUCCCCUGCAGCACUAAGGCCGACAGCACUUCUGAUGUCAAGCGAGGUGCUCCAAAGAGGCAAUCAGACCCAAGCAUAAGGACUCAAGUCUACCAGGACCUAGAGGAAAAGCUUCCCACCAAAAACAAACUGGAAACCAGGUCUGUACCUUCCUUAGUUAGUAUACCGGCUACUUCUACCGCCAAACCCCAAAGCACUACAUCUUUAAGCAAUGGCCUACCAUCUGGAGUUCACUUCCCACCUCAGGAUCAAAGACCACAGGGGCAAUAUCCUCCGAUGAUGAUGGCAACCAAAAAUCAUGGAACGCCAAUGCCUUAUGAACAGUAUCCAAAAUGUGACUCGCCCGUCGACAUUGGAUAUUACUCCAUGUUGAAUGCAUAUUCAAAUCUGAGCAUCUCAGGCCCACGGAGCCCUGAAAGGCGUUUCUCCUUAGACACAGAUUACAGGAUCAGCUCUGUCGCCUCUGACUGCAGCAGCGAAGGGAGCCUGAGCUGCGGGAGCAGUGACUCGUACGUGGGGUACAACGACCGCCCCUACGUCAGCUCCCCCGACCCGCAGCUGGAAGAGAACCUCAAGUGUCCGCACAUGCACCCUCACGGCCGCCUUAACUCCCAGCCCUUCCUGCAGAGUUUCCACGACCCCUUAACCAGAGUGCAGAGUUACAGUCACGAAGAACCAAAGUACCAUCACAAGCCUCCGCUCCCGCACCUGGCCGUGCGCCUGCAGCACCCGGCCGUGGGCGCGCGGUCCAGCUGUCCCGGCGACUACCCGUCCCCGCCCGGCUCGGCGCACGCCAAGGCGCCGCACCUCGGGCGCUCCCUGGUGGCCACAAGGAUAGACAGCAUCUCCGACUCGCGGCUCUACGACGGCUCUCCGUCCAGGCCGCGGAAGCCCCACGCCCGCCAGGAAGGCCUGGGCGGCUGGGACCGGCAGGGCUACGGGAUGGACGCGUACGGCUACCGGCAGACAUACUCCCUGCCCGAUAACCCCACGCAGCCGUGCUACGAGCAGUUCACCUUCCAGAGCCUCCCCGAGCAGCCCGAGCCCACCUGGCGCGUCCCGUACUGCGGCGCGCCGCCGCCGGACCCCCCCAGGUACCAGGACAGCCGAGAAAAGAUCUUCGUCAACCUGUGCAACAUCUUCCCGCCCGACCUGGUGAGACUUGUCAUGAAGAGGAACCCUCACAUGACAGACGCCCAGCAGCUGGCUGCAGCCAUUCUAGUGGAGAAAUCACAGCUGGGCUAUUGA